AACCAAAAAAAAAAAUAAUAAUAAUAGCAAUAAUAAUAAAAGCUAAAAAUGCCGCUAGAAUUAAUAUGAAUUGAACUAAAUCGUUUGAAAAUUUAAAUUUAACGUAAAUUUUUUUAGAUUUCCAAAGAAGCAUGACUGGGUGACUGACUGACUACGUACAUGACCUACAAAACUCUAGCUAAAAUUUUCAAACUACUUUAAUUAUGAUGAGUCCCAAACACAAUGAUACCAGUUCUGAACAGAUAAACAAUAAAUUAAAUAAAGUUACAAAAGCAACGUCGGGGGCCACAAAACAAAAACUUUUGAUAGGAAAAACACUAAAAGAAAAGCCCAUAACCUCAAGACAACAAAAACAAACAAAAAAAAUAACAAACGCACAGACGGCAAUGCGUUAUAAUAGUAACAGUAACAAAUUAAUGGUGAAACCAAUUAUAAAAAACAACGAUAGUAACACUUCAAUAAAGGCGUCAAACAGAACAUGUAAUCUAAUCGGUGAAAUGAUAAACGACGUAAGCAAAUCGACGAUCUCCGGCUACAGCCAUAGUAAACAAAACGAUAAAGCAACAAAAACAGAUACUACAACAACAGCAGUAGCAGCAGCAGCUAUUAAAGCAAAAACAACGACAAGUGCUGCGAAUACAUUGACUAAAAAACACUCGUCGUACAAUUGUAGUGAAGGUGGAACAAAUAAAAUUGCUGAUGAUGAGCUGGUUGUUGUUGAUGAUUUUCACAACAACAAUAGCAACAACAACACUAACCAUCAUACAGAUAACGAACAGCCGCACGAAUCUAAUCAACAGCAACAACAACAACAACAGCAACUAUAUACAAUGACGAGUUUAAACGAAGUUAACAGAGAGAGUUUAUCGUUAGUUAACGAAGCAACACUUGUUGAUUUAAUAACAGAAAAACAACAACAACAACAACAGCAAUUGCAAUUACAAUCCAAAGAGCUGGCGAGAGCAGAGUUUGAGGCAGAGAGUUUAGUAACGGUAAAACCACCAUUAUUAUUACAAAAUUUCAGCAAACGUAUGAGGCAUAAAAACAUAACAAUCAAACCUUUAGACGACAGUUAUCAAAGAACUGUAGAUCUAGACGCACUUAACGCUAGAGAACACAAUUCUCAAUGUGAACUACUGGAAUUUAAAAACACAAUAAGCGAAAACCACCCACAAAAGGAUUAUCAAGUAAACGACGUUGAAGAAGGUGAAGAGCUGAAAUUUAAAAGUUUAUCGGAACGUAAAGCUCUAUUGAAAAAAGAAUUUUUUAAAGAUUUAAACCAGAGCUCAUCCACAAAUCAACAGCAACAGAAUACAGUGAAAUUAAAAACUAAUAAUCUAACGCUGAACAAAAGAAUUUUGAAAAAACAGCAUAAUUUAAAGUUGAAAAUACCCAGGGACUGUAAUAAACUAGAGCAGCCAAAGGCAAUUAAAGUGGAUUUGAAACAAUCAUUAGUGGAACUAAGAAAAUUGGACUUGCAAAAGAAACAGCAAAGGGAAUUAAUAGCUUUUGGAGACUCUAGAAUCUUAAGCAACACCCAGUUCCCCAAAGUUAAAGAGUUGGCCAAAAGGUUUGAUUUCAAAAUCAACAUGAUUUUGCCGCAAACCAAUAGCAAUAAAACAGAGGCUAAGGCCAAUAAAUUGGAGGCCAUGGUGGAGCGGCAUAGUCCCUUGUCCGAUGAGGGCUGUAAUAUAGGACACAGUCCCUAUUCCUCAGAUGAUGACAAUGAUUCCAUACGCACCACCAACACAGCCAUUGAAAGAGUGCCGGCUACUAAGCACAAGGAUAAGGUGGCUAGAUCUGCAAGCAGUGAUUCUGCCUUGGGUUUGGAAGUCGAUGAACCCAUGGAUACAAGCGAACAGCAGCAGCCGCAUCAACAGAAACGCAGAAUGACUUUAACGGUAACUGAUUUGCCUUUAAGGCCGGCCUUGCUGCCCUUGGCUGAACCCACUUUGCUGCCCGAUUCAUCGCUAGUGGAUACUCCUGUAGCGACAGCAGCCAAUGCCUUGCAACAAAACCAAAUACCCACCAAGGUAUUGCUGGAGGAGAGAGUGGUAGAAAUCCUAGAAGAUCCCCGUUCCGGUUUCUCAUCCAGACGUGAGUCUUCGCAGUCCUGUUUCAGUGACUAUCCGCCCGGAGAAAUGCAGGGUGUAAGAUUCGUGCGCACUCCUUCGGUGGUGGUGUCCGACUACUCGGAUGAUAUUACUUGCGGCAUAACACUGGAGGAAAUCGAGUAUUUUCGCGCCCAACGCUUGCGCAGACGCCGUUCCUCUCUGGAGACCUCCGGCACCGAAAAAGAUGCGCUCGACAACAGCUCCGACAUCAGUGCCUCCUCCUCGUGCAGCAAUCUAUACUACUGUGGCUCCACCAUCUCCGCCCUCGACGGAGCCGAGUGUUUAGUCAAUGGCGUGCGCCAACAAUUGGAGCGCAAAACCUCCGAUUGCUCAACCUGCUCGAUAAGCGGUGAUGAAGACAAUAAUUUCACUAUACCCGAACAGCCAGAGGACUGCCAGGACAUCACCGAUAUGCUGGCCAAUCAGCAUUUAACCAGCAAACGCUCCAAAAAGGUAGGUAUGGCUACGAACCUAUUAACUGUAGAUACUACAAAUAAUUUAUAAAGUUUUCAU